UGGACCCCUGAGAGGGGUCGCUUCCGGGGGGCCCCCUGUUAUGAAACAGAAACUGACUGCCACUGCGUCGGUCCCCGUGGCUUCAUCUUUUCAAGACGCAGAAGAUUGUCGAACUGUCUACCGACCCAAUCUGAAGGAAACGAAUCUCUCUGACGUAGCGGUGUUCGGAAAGCACUUUGACCCCAGCCAGCUGACUCAGGAGAGGAUGGAGAUGAACAUCGGCGAUCUCAGCUCUGUCGGACUGAAUCAACCGCAUCCGCUGAAGAAAAGGGGAGAACGAGAAAGAGAGAGAGGGAGAGGAACGGAAUUUGUUUCGGAGAGUUUGAAAAUGGACAAAAGACAUCAUAGGGGACCCAGAUCAAAAAGCGAGACUGUCUCCCCUAAAAGGAAGGGCAAGGGAGCGAGCGAGGAAGGGAAGUUGUCGAGUUGGGAAAUGGAGGUGUCGGCUCACGCAGCUCGGCAUUCCUCAGUUCUGUCGACGCCGUCCCGUUACAGGAUGGGACGGCUCUCGCACAACUUCCAAGAGCCUGUUGUCGACGAGAGCAAUGUUUUCGGGGACGAACUGCCGCAGGGUAGCAUGCCCGACAUCUUCCGCCCGAGCAAAUCCCUCUCUCCCAGCCACCGCAAGACACAAGGGGUUAAAGAAGGAACUCCCGACAGUGGAACCUCAGACGAGGAAAAACCGAAAAAGAAACGAUCGAUCGGUUACGCACUCGGCCGAAAACUGAGCACGAGUAUGAGAGAACUCUUCUCGAAGGAGAAGAGGAACCCGACGAGCGGGACCAGGUGGCAGUUUGAGGUCGGCGGCGGUCUCUACCCGGCGCCCAGCGAGCCGCAGCUGUCGGUCCUCACCGAGCAGGAGAGGAGGGAGAUAUUGGAGGAGACGGAGGUGAUGCCUAGGACGCGGAGUACGGAAGUGGUGUCCUCAUCGGAGCAGCAGCAUCAACAGAACACGAGCACACCGGCGGCAACCGGCAAGGCUAGUGGUGGCAACCCUCUAGCUCAUCUCUUUGUCCCACCACCUGGAAUGUCUAUUAGUAAGGGGAGGACAGACGUGAAACAAAACAUGCCGAGUGGGUUCUACGAUGAGCGAUCGGUGGACGUGGGACCUCGAUCGCCACGGAGAUUAGUUGACUCGGACAACGCCGAGUACGACACUGCGUCUGAUUCAGAAGAAGGGUAUGCGAAAUCGUCCGUGAAUAUCAUUACCUCAAGUCCACCGCCCGAGUCUGCACUGAGAGAAGCCGGAUAUUUCACAAGAACUGAGAAGCGAGAAAACAGAGAGACCUCACCUAAAACCAUUUUGACCGCCUCGCAAACCGGUUCAACCGGGCCGCAAACUGGUCUCCCGACCAUCGUGGAGAGAUCUCCACCCAGAAAAGAUCCGUUUUCUGGUUACGAGAUGCCAAAUUCGGAAAGCGCACCUAUCGUGAAAACCUUGGACGGUAUAGUGGAGAAAAAAGGAGGAAAGAAAGGGAAAAUGUCGAAGUCUUCUACCAGUGAAAGCGUGAGGGAGAGCGUGACAAAGAAGGACGAGUCGAAGAAGGAAAAGAAGCCAUUUUUUAGUUUCACGAAAUCUCGUACCGUCAUCCAGCGCGGUACUCACAGUCCCAGACCGGCGUCGCCAUUGUCUGUACCCGGUUCCACGUCAGAUUCCCCGCGAUCCAGCGGGCGACUGUCUCCCUCACAGAGACCCGGAACUAAACCUGUAACAGCAGCAGCAGCUGCAAAAGUUUCCAACACAGAGUCGACUAGACGCGGAUCUAAAACCAGUCUAGGUGAACGUAGCGGUUCCCCUAGUGGAAGUUUUAGAGGGGGCCAGAUUUCUCCAUUCUCCCCGGGGGGCAGAGGCUCUCCACGGGGGAGUUUUAGAGGUGGAGCGGUUUCCCCACUCAGAUCGAGCAUAAGAAGUACCACGUCUGCCACUGGGGGUCCUGGGGGGCUAAAUUCUGGGAGGGGGAGGGGGGCGAGCUCUCCAAGUCCCGGGGGGGCAACGAGAUCGCCAAGGGGUAGCAUCCAGGGAGGGUCUCCACGCGGUAGUGGUAGGGGUUCCAAAAUUCCGUCCCCUAGUGGUGGGUCUCCACGUGGAAGUGGUAGGGGUUCCAAAAUUUCGCCCCCUAGCGGUGAGUCCCCCGGAUUGAAGACCCCCUCACCAAAAACCAGCACGCAACUCAACACCUCGAAGAAGCUCUCUCCCGUGGUGACCACACGGCAGCCGCCAUCGACAACUGCAACUGCCUCAUCAGCAAAGGGCAAACGUCGACUCUCGGAACCAUUCAUCAGUCCCAGUCCAUUCUCGCGAUCGCCCAGCGAACGCCACUCCAAUGCAUCCAUCGGCUCUCGCAAACCGGUCAGAAAAGCGCCGCCUCCACCUGCGAAGGCCUCGCAGCAGAAGACACCGGGGCCAACUGCCGUCUCCCUCUCGCGCACUUCCUCCCAGACGUCCACCGGUGGUGAUGCAAACUCCUCGUCUUCUUCGUCCAGCCCACGGCAGAGAAAGAAGGGAAUGUCAAUGUCCCAGUCACCUCUCAGUCCAAAGAGACUCUCGUCCGCUCUGCUCGAAAAAGGGGCCGCCUCAAUUGCAACAGCGGGCGACGACGUUUUCAAAACACCAACCGACGAAAGAGUCCAAGAGGUGGAUGAAACCGAGAAACUGAUGAAAUCGAUCAGAAACAAACUCGCCUCGCUCUCCGAGAACACUCCGCCAGAAGAACACCUGAAUCCUAUAGAUCGCCAGACACAGUUUGAAGUCCCACCUCCCCUAGAUCAAACCACGCCCACUGCCACGCCCCUUUCUCCAACCGGCUCUGAUGCAAAGGUCCCGACGUACAAACUCACUCCCUCUGGUGAGUUGAAAGUCGAAGGUGAAGAAGAACGGAAGAAAGAGGUGGAGGAAGUAGAGGAGGAUUUUACUGCCUCGGUGACCCCAGGGUCCAAUCGUAGAGGACUCCGCCCAAAGACAGUCAUCUCCGCCUUGAUUGGUGGGAGGGGCAAGAAAAAGGGGGCAGCUGGUACCGUGACAACAAAAGACAACUCUAAUGCACCAGGAAGUGGCGGGAGCUUCAGAAAGGGGAAAGGCCAACGCUUCAGCCGCAGAAGGUGGUACUGGCACAAAGGCAGCUGCAAGUUCUCUAUCGGAGCCGAAACCGAAGACUCUGGUAGGAAAACCACCACAAAAGGGCGGAGUCUCGUCAGGGCUCCCUCCACGGGGACCAUCAAUACGAGGAGGGAAAUCUGGAAGCAGCAUUGGUGGGGGUCGUUCGCAGAGCACCAUCGCCGUGCCAACCAUCCAAAUAAGCGAGACUCGGAAGAGCACCAGAAAGGUGUCCAGUCAUGCCACUGUCGGCAUGGCAACCUCCUCGGGAGGGCUCAGAUCGUCGCGUGGCAACGCUCUGGGGAGCCAGGCGAGUCUGGUGCGGUCGAGCAUCCGUGUGAGCUCCAAACUGAGGAAGAACAACCCAAUGUCCCCCGAACAUCGAAAAAUCAGUUCCCUCGGUCGUCACAAAGGCGGCGAGCGACCCCCCUCUCGGGGCUCCAUGCACUCGCUGCCGAGAAACAGCACGGCUGCGCGGGUUUCCAUGCGUCGCCCGGUGCGCGUUGCCCCGGUAGCGCCGGGCAGAGCUCCUUCCCGCAAGGCGUCAACAGCCGUGACGGCCGCCGGUAACGAGAACAGGAGAACGUCGACGGCAAACAACUUGGACACGAGACGGACUUCAGUGCUGAGCAAAUCCAUGAGGAAGACGAGUACAAUUCGCCCACAGGGCGAAGAGUCCCUCAAUCGCAGUGUGGCCACACGCAGCAUGAGGAUGUCCAGCUCUCGUCGGGUCUCCGCGCUCGGGACAAUGCCUCGGUCGUCGGUGGUUACAAAGGUUGCCGGCGGCAACCUCCAGACAUCGUCGUCGGCGGGGGCGGGCGUGGCUCGUAAGAGCAUGAGGAAGGUGUCUUCUCAGUCGAAAGACGUGUUCGAUGCGUUUGACAAGAUCAGUGCAGACUGCUCAGGGGAAGCUUCUGACCUCCUCCGACCAUCGUCGUGCGGUGAGACCAAAGCUCCGUCAGAAAGCCUCCUCUGCCCACCUCCGUCUCCUUAGAGACCGAGAGGACGUUACCACGGAGAUGCUGACUCCGUCCUCCGACAACAGUGGUUUGGAUUCCAACUCGUUCUCAACAUACAUGGCUAAAAAGAACCUGGCGCCCUCAGCGGUGGCCGGUCUCUCCAUCAAACUCGACUUCACAACAGUAAAACUGAGGAAGACGGGGAUAUCGGACAAGAUGCUCAUGGAGAAGUCGACGGACAUUUCAAAAGAUCUUCCAAACUUUGCAGUCGGUGCUGAAUACGACACGAAACACACGACAAUAUUACUGCAGAUCAAAGGUACAUUCAGCAUUUCAACUUACGUACUUCUUGCAUGUACAUAUUUUCGAUCGUUGUUCGUAAUUUUGUCUAACCCAAGAAUUGUUCACUACUAAGAACUCGCAAGUACACUCAUGUAAUAUAAGGACACUCCAAAUAAAGCACACCUCU